UUCAGAUUUCUAGCAAUCACAAAGAGAGCAUGUGCAGAGAACAAUGAGUCUUGUCUAGAGCGACAAAGUGAGGGAGAAAAUAGAUUAAUCAUGGCAAGAGGUGGAGGGAGAUUACCAUCUAUCAUGCUAAACAAAUCAUGCAUUCUUAUAAUUGUUGUGGCUGCUGUAGAGAGGUUUGCGUUCAAAGGUGUUGCGUCGAAUCUUGUAACGUAUCUGACGGAGGUGAUGAAGAUGAGCAAUUCAACAGCGGCAAAAACAGUCAACAGUUGGGCUGGAAUUUCAUUCUUGUUACCGUUGUUUGGAGCAUUUCUUGCAGACUCCUAUUUGGAUAGAUAUUCUACCAUUUUUUCCUCUUCUAUUGUUUAUGUUACUGGACUGGUGUCAUUGACAUUUACAGCACUGGUAUGGGAGUGGAUAGCUAAGAGUACUAAUGACCAUGAAAAGACUAGUUCAAGUCCAUUUUCUCCUUUUCUUUUGUUUUUGUCUCUAUUUUUAAUCGCUUUGGGACAAGGUGGAUACAACCCAUGUUUGCAAGUCUUUGGAGCUGAUCAACUUCAACUUAGGAAAAAUGAUAAUCAGUUACCAACUUCGAACAACAACGAAGAUGGUGAUGCAAAUGACGAAAAUAUUUCUAAUGAAAAAAUAAAAAGUAUGUUCUUCAAAUGGUGGUAUUUUGGUAUAUGUAGCGGGAGUUUGCUAGGCGUGUCACUAAUGUCCUACCUUCAAGAUACUUUUGGUUGGGGAUUAGGUUUUGCCAUUCCUUGCAUUGCCAUGGCUAUGUCUGUUACUCCAUUCUCAUGUGGGACUAGGUUCUAUACAGUUAUCGAAGAGCAACCCAAGUCUGUUAGAGGAACCACCGGAAACAUGAUAAAAAGCUUAGUGAACUCUAUUAAGAGUGCUGCACAGAAGUUAAUGCAUCGCGAUUAUGUCGCCCUACCCUCAAAUCUAUCCGACGCAGAAGCAGGCGAACUUGAGCCUCAGCAGAAAGCACUAUGUAGCCAGCAUUCUGGUGAUCAACAAUCCGACAACAUGCCUAACGGUGCAGUACCGGUAGUUGAUAUAGUUGAGGAAACAAAAUCUGUAGCGCGGAUAAUGCCAAUAUGGGGUAUGUUAUUAACGUUUGCAAUCAUCUUUCAACAACCAGCUACUUUCUUCACAAAACAAGGCAUGGCAAUGAAGAGGAAUAUGGGUAACCAUUUUAUGAUCCCUCCAGCAACAUUACAAAGUGCAAUAAAUGUUUCUAUAAUUCUUUUAAUGCCUUUAUAUGACAAAAUAGUAACACCAGUUUAUCGAAUAAUUAGUGGAAGCGAUAAGGGAAUUAAUGUGAUGCAAAGGAUGGGUUUUGGUAUGUUUUUAUCAGUAAUUGCUAUGUCGAUCGCAGCAAUUGUUGAGACAAAAAGACUCGAAAUUAGUAGAAGAGAACCAACCAUGAAUUCUGUUCCAUUAUGCAUAUUCUGGUUACUUCCCCAGUAUAUCCUUUUGGGUAUUUCGGAUGUUUUUACAGUUGUUGGUAUGCAGGAGUUCUUCUAUAGCGAAGUUCCUAACAAGCUGAAAACUAUGGGAAUGGCUUUACACUUGAGCGUUUUUGGUGUUGGAAGCUUCCUUAGCGCAAUCUUAAUAUCGUUCAUCGAGCUUGUUACAAGUGUUAGCAAUGGAAAGCAUAGUUGGUUCUCAGAUGAUAUGUGUGAGGCCCAACUAAACAAAUACUACUGGUUUUUAGCAUUCUCAAGUGCAUUAAGCUUGUUUUUCUUUGCAAUUUACUCACAUAAGUAUUACAAGUAGGUGAGUUGAAACACAGAUUGCAAAUGCAUUAUAAGAAAGUUAUAUUAACUCAGCUAGAGAUCGUAGUAAGGGUUUUUAUUUCUUUUGGCUUGCACUUUGGGUAGUUUAUAUAGUGUGUUUUAGGAGUAUCGAUCUUUAUUGUUUGCCUGUAUACAUUAAACGUUCAGUAUUGACUAUUGAUGCUUUCUGGAGAGCUUAUUAUCUAAAUGUAAAAAAUGUUUUAGUCGUGAUCAAUAAAUAAAUUUGUG